AUGCGUGAGAUUGUUCACCUUCAGACCGGUCAGUGCGGUAACCAAAUUGGUGCUGCUUUCUGGCAGACCAUCUCUGGCGAGCACGGCCUUGACAGCAAUGGUGUCUACAACGGUACUUCUGAGCUCCAGCUCGAACGCAUGAGCGUGUACUUCAACGAGGCCUCUGGUAACAAGUAUGUUCCUCGCGCUGUUCUCGUCGAUCUUGAGCCCGGUACCAUGGACGCCGUCCGUGCUGGUCCUUUCGGUCAGCUUUUCCGCCCCGACAACUUCGUCUUCGGCCAGUCCGGUGCUGGCAACAACUGGGCCAAGGGUCACUACACUGAGGGUGCUGAGCUUGUCGACAAUGUCCUCGAUGUUGUCCGUCGCGAGGCCGAAGGCUGCGACUGCCUGCAGGGUUUCCAGAUCACCCACUCUCUUGGUGGUGGUACCGGUGCCGGUAUGGGAACUCUGUUGAUCUCCAAGAUCCGUGAGGAGUUCCCCGACAGAAUGAUGGCCACUUUCUCCGUUGUUCCCUCCCCCAAGGUUUCCGACACCGUUGUCGAGCCUUACAACGCCACUCUCUCCGUCCACCAGCUCGUUGAGAACUCUGACGAGACUUUCUGCAUUGACAACGAGGCCCUGUACGAUAUCUGCAUGCGCACCCUUAAGCUGUCUAACCCCUCUUAUGGCGACCUGAACUACCUCGUCUCCGCCGUCAUGUCUGGUGUCACUACCUGCCUGCGUUUCCCUGGUCAGCUGAACUCUGACCUGCGUAAGCUGGCCGUCAACAUGGUUCCUUUCCCUCGUCUGCACUUCUUCAUGGUCGGCUUCGCUCCCCUGACCAGCCGUGGCGCUCACUCUUUCCGCGCUGUCAGCGUUCCCGAGCUCACUCAGCAGAUGUUUGACCCCAAGAACAUGAUGGCCGCUUCUGAUUUCCGAAACGGUCGCUACCUGACCUGCUCUGCCAUCUUCCGUGGCAAGGUCGCUAUGAAGGAGGUUGAAGACCAGAUGCGUAACGUGCAGAACAAGAACUCGACCUACUUUGUCGAAUGGAUCCCCAACAACAUCCAGACCGCUCUCUGUGCCAUUCCUCCCCGUGGCCUCAAGAUGUCGUCUACCUUUAUCGGUAACUCGACGUCCAUCCAGGAGCUCUUCAAGCGUGUUGGGGAGCAGUUCACUGCUAUGUUCCGUCGCAAGGCUUUCUUGCAUUGGUACACUGGUGAGGGUAUGGACGAGAUGGAGUUCACUGAGGCUGAGUCCAACAUGAACGAUCUUGUCUCUGAAUACCAGCAGUACCAGGAUGCUGGUAUUGAUGAGGAGGAAGAGGAGUACGAGGAGGAGGUUCCUGUCGACGAGCCUCUGGAGUAA